AUGGUUUCUGAUGGAGUUUCAGAGAAAGGGAGACUAAAGCCUGUCCAUCGUUCCUUCAUACACAAUUUCCAACAACUGAAAACCGAACCUUCAAAAGUUAAAAGAAAUAAUGGUGGAUGGGAUGAAAUGGCUUCCAAUGGUAUAGCAAGUGACCCUCCACAAUCAGCAUUGGCUUUCAACGCGCCCUUAGAAGGAGCUACCAAUGGGAAAGAAAUAGGGCCCAUAAUCUUUCCACUGUUGUGCCGGCUGUAUUUGGCAUCGAAUAUAUUGCAGUUUGAUGUGGAGCCGCGAUUCUCGGCUCUAUUGUUCCUGCAUCGUUUCGCAACCGCCAUUGAGGACGAUCUUGCAAAAUACAAAUCAAUCAGUGAUUGGAAAUGGGUUGGGGCUGCUUGUCUCUUCUUGGCGUGCAAGGCAGCAGAAGAACCAAGGCGACUUCGAGAUGUCAUCAAUUUGGCCGAAAUGUUGUUUGUGGACGAAGACGAAGACGACGACAAUUGGGUCACAAUGGACAAGAAUCCACCUGGUCUGAAUGAAAAGUACUGGGAAGCGAAAAAGAAGGUUGUUGAAACGGAACAGUUCGUGCUGAGGUGGAUGAUGUUUGAUAUUUCCGUUGCACAACCUCAUCGUGCUGUAGUCUUGCUGCUGGAGAAAGAGACGAUUCAACGAGAACUAUUGAUUCCUAUAGCGUUUCGAUGUUUGAACGAUGCUCUCUUUCACACUCCCUCCCUAACAUUUCCCAUAAUGGAACUUGCUGUAGCAGCCAUUGAACUUGCCGAAGAAGAGGUGAUAGCGCAGAGUGUAUUUGGAGCCAAAACCUUGAAUUUGCAGCAGAGGUACAACCUCUCACGAGAUGCAGUAUCCUCUGCUAAAUCAGAACUAAACGAAGCUGCCAAUAUUUUGAGACAAUGCAAAGAGAGUGCUCGAUUCCUCAAGCCGUAA